GCAAAGUGAAGAAGGCGUGACUCCUUGGCCGGUUGUUCCCAGGCAAUGCAGUGCCCGGAGGAAUCCCCAGCCUGAAGCUGACACCCACCCCCUUCUGCCCUCCGGUGGAUUUUUUUUUUUUUUUGCCAAAGAGCCCCCCCCCUUUCUUCCCCUUCGGCAAGCCCCCGCCGGUCUGACUCUCUGUCCGUUCGUCUGGCGCCUGCAGAAGGCACGGCAAUUGCACAGCCAAGGUGCCACAACCACUUCUGUCAAUUUGCCAGCCAGCUGCUUCAGAGACUGAGUUAAAAGGGGGGCGUGGACGAGGGAAGAUCUUGCCGGCAGCCGGAGAGGCUAGCCCACCCACCGGACAAGCGGCAGAUCCUUCCUCCAGCAGAUGAUGGGAAAAUAACCCUGGCUCUGGGCUUCGCAUCUGGAACGAUUCUGGAGGAGCGACACGAGAGAAAGGCGUCAGAGGCAGGAUGGUCCAGCAGAGGAACGUGAGAAGCAGAGGGACGGACACCAAGAGGGAGGUGUGUCCCAAAGAUGCCCUGCUUUUGAAGGAUGCCAAAGGAGAGCCAGGAUGGUGUAAGACGCCGAGCGGGCACAUUAAGCGUCCCAUGAACGCCUUCAUGGUGUGGUCCCAGAACGAGAGGCGGAAAAUCAUGGACCAGUGGCCAGACAUGCACAACGCUGAAAUCUCCAAGCGCCUUGGCCGGCGGUGGCAGCUGCUACAAGACUCUGAGAAGAUCCCCUUUGUCAAGGAGGCAGAGCGGCUGCGGCUGAAACACAUGGCCGACUACCCCGACUACAAGUACCGGCCCAGGAAGAAAGGGAAGGUGGGGAGUGCCAAGUCCCGCCCGAGAGUCCCCGUAAAGAUCAAACCCUCCUCCGUCCUUGGCCGGGUGGCCUCCAGCAGAAGGCAGUCUCCAAAGCAAGACGCCGGUGCCGGCAGUGAGACGGGAUGUGGCUCAGCACCCGAGCUGGAUGACAACCCACUGGAAGCACGGCUCUUGGAGACGCCUUUUGACGACGGCCCGAAAACACCCAGCAAGGAGUUCUGGCACGUGCUCCCAGCAACUGGUGAGAAAGGAGGGUGGGCGGCCAACUCCGGUGAGCCGAAGGACCACGAAGCUGCUGCGUUGGCCAAACCCUUCUUGGGACAGGCGAGGUCCUCGGAGAUUCCUUCCCCAGCAUUCACCCGGUCUCCUCUGUCUUCCUUUGCCUCUUCAGACGAAGAGCUGGAGGAAGAGCUCUUCAGUUUCCUGCCUGGCCGAGCCCAGCCGAACACGCCCUGCGGGACCUCGGACUGGUCCGUCUUCGACAAAGACCUUGACCUCUUUCCCUUGGGGGCCACCUCUCACUUUGAGUUCCCGGACUAUUGCACCCCGGAGGUGACUGAGAUGAUAGCUGGGGACUGGCUGAUGUCCAGUAUCUCGGACUUGGUCUUUACGUACUGAGUCCCGACAGGUAACUCUCAGUUCUCCUCAAUCAGGUUGUAUCAAAAAAAGAAAAGGAAAAGAAGCCCGGCUGUUUACAUGCAGGAAUCAGGUACCUCCAUCUUCUUGCCUUGGCUGCAUUCAAAGGCGAGCUCUCCAUCUGCCCAUCCCCCGCAUGACACACACCCACUUUGCCGGCAUCUGCCGGCUUGGCGUGGUGGGGCUGGGCUUCUCCUCACCUCUCGCCCCCACAAGCCACGGAGAGAUCCUGGCUUGAUGCAGUGUUUAUUUACCCAUGAAAUUUGACUGUCUAAUCAGGUUUUUCAUUGUCACCCUCUCCAGCCAUCUCCCCCUCCUCCUUGUUACAGCUGCUUGCCGGCUCUGCCGCCAUCCGUGGCUGAGAUACUCCCCCUCCAUCUCAGCUUCCACCCCACAUCAUUCCUCUUCGGUUCCUCCGCUGCCCACGUCCAGUCCUUUAGGGACCUGCACUUCACACCUUCUAGUUCCCAUCGUUGAUUUCGGUGCCAUUUCGAUGCUUGUCGGGGAGGGAGAGGUAUUCUGUUCUUUCAUUUUCUUCUCCACCCACCUCUCCUUUCUGUUCCAUUUUAAAUGGCUCCCAGGAAAGAGAUUCCAGUUAGAACACAUCACGUUCAGAGAUGUUAAGGAACAUUUUGCCGCUCACCCGUCUCCGGCACCCAGUGUGGGUAGGGCUUCCGGGUCCUCAUUUAACGAGACUUUUUUUUGUGUCGCAAAUGCACGAAAACAUGUUCCCGAACUGGGGUGGGAAGCACUUGCUUUGGGGGAAAGCAAACUUGCGCGCACGUGGUGCGCACGUGGAUCCGAGAUGCACGCAAGCACUCCUCUUGCGUGUAGUAGCUUAACUUCCCCCCCAAAGGACCCCCCUUUUCCCCAGAGGUGUGCCAUAGGCAUCAGCAAGUGGUCCUCCCUUCCUCUUGCAUGCUGCGUUCAAAGCAGAUAAAACAACCACAAUAGUGUUGGCAUUCCCUCUCUGCCAC